GCGGCUGCCGCGGGGCGAGGCGAGGCGGCGGCGGGCCGGCGGGCGGAGGAUGCGGCGGCGGCGGCAGCAGGCGGCGGCGGAGGAGCGGGGAGCGAUGCGGUGCUGCGCGGCGGGGCCCUGGCCCGCCCUGCUGCUGACAGCUUUUUUGUUAAGCUCUGCCGAUGGCAAUAAUGGAACAGUUAACUGGAAGACUAAGCAAGCCAACAGUUAUAUUAUCAGCAGAAUAAAGGCUGUUGAGAAGAAUGGUGAAAUAAGCAAUGAUCCUAUAACAUUUAAUACCAACUUAAUGGGUUACCCUGACAGACCUGGAUGGCUGCGCUACAUACAAAGGACACCCUACAGUGAUGGAGUGCUGUACGGUUCACCAACUGUAGAGAAUGUGGGCAAACCAACCGUCAUUGAGAUCACUGCAUAUAACAGGCGUACCUUUGAGACAGCAAGACGUAAUUUGAUCAUUAAUAUAAUGUCAGCAGAAGAUUUUCCUUUACCAUAUCAAGCGGAGUUCUUCAUAAGGAAUAUGAAUGUGGAAGAAAUGUUAGCAAGUGAAGUUCUGGGAGACUUUCUUGGAGCAGUGAAAAAUGUAUGGCAGCCAGAACGCUUGAAUGCUAUAAACAUUACUUCAGCGCUAGACAGGGGAGGGAGAGUUCCACUUCCUAUUAAUGAUAUGAAGGAAGGUGUGUACGUUAUGGUUGGUGCAGAUGUUCCAUUCUCUUCAUGCUUACGGGAAGUGGAAAACCCACAAAAUCAGCUGAGAUGCAGUCAAGAAAUGGAGCCUUUAAUAACAUGUGAUAAAAAAUUUCGUACUCAAUUCCAUAUCGAUUGGUGUAAAAUCUCUCUGGUUGACAAUACGAAGCAAGUUUCCACCUUUCAGGAAGUGAUUCGCGGAGAGGGGAUAUUACCUGAUGGUGGAGAAUACAAGCCACCUUCUGAUACACUGAAAAGCAGAGACUAUUACUCGGAUUUCCUAAUUACACUGGCAGUGCCCUCGGCAAUAGCACUGGUGCUUUUUCUAAUUCUUGCCUAUAUCAUGUGCUGCCGACGGGAAGGAGUGGAAAAGAGAAACAUGCAAACACCAGACAUCCAGUUGGUCCACCACAGCGCUAUACAGAAAUCAACUAAAGAGCUUCGCGACAUGUCUAAAAACAGGGAGAUAGCGUGGCCUCUUUCAACUCUGCCUGUGUUUCACCCAGUUACUGGCGAGAUUGUUCCACCCCUUCACACAGACAACUACGACAAUACUAGUAUGCCACUGAUGCAAACACAACAGAACCUGCCACAUCAGACUCAGAUUCCACAGCAGCAGAGUGCAGGAGAAUUUCGUAUGACAACAUUUCAAAGAUUUGAGGCAAGUAUUUAGUAGAUGCUUCUGCACACGUUUGGUUUUUUGCUUAAAUCUGGAAGUUAAAAACAUUAAAAAAAAAAAACAGAAACUUACUGCUGUUCUACUAGCUUUGCCACUUGUGUGCUUUAUUCUACCUAUAUUGGAAAUGGUGGAUGACCCUGGAGGUACCCAUCUGAAGCCUCCAGCACAGGUUUGGCUUGAAAUUUAGCAUAUUCUCAAUGAUCAAAGGCGUUUGGAAGGCAAAAUAAAAACGUCACGCAGUCCAGCAUUUCUGGUACGACUGUUUAGCUAUAAGAAUGCCAGUCUGUCUUGCAGGAAAAAGAUGCAAAAUCUCUUGGUAGUACUGUGUAUGCUGAUGGCAGUGAGAAACUUUAAAAGAGGUAUGAUAUGUAAGCUACCAUGGGGUUGUAACCUGCAAAUCAUGCUGAAGAACUGCCCAAAAAUAGAUGUUAAAAAUCCUCCUGUGUAUGUGUUUUCUAAAGGACAUUAUUUUGGAAUUUUUUGGAAUUUUUGGAUUUUUUGGAAAUCACUCUUAGCUCUUCCUAAACAGAAGGCAGAUUUUAAAAUAUAUUAAACCAAAAAAUUCUCUUAAUUGUGAAUUGCUUCACAGGUUCCAAAAUAUUCGUGUCAUGGUUACUUGGCUUUGAACAGCAUUUCAGGCAAAGGCUAGUUAUGUCAGUUACCUUUUGUCGUGUCUGGACGAGCUAAAUAGAGCUGCUCCUCUGUAUUCAGCACAGACACCGCCUGUGACAAGCUCUCAGAAGUGGAAGGGGAGGGUGGAAGGGGACAGACGUUUCCUUGGAUUUUCUUAGUGUACAAUGACACGUUCCUUUGUAACGCAGAUGUACAGAUGACUGCGAGCGAGCGCUUUCAUGACAUGAGAGCAUAUGCCCAUAGCAAUUUGUCUUCUAAAUGGAAACCUCUGACUUGUACUGUCAGGUUAGACUUGCAGAUAAAAGUUAGACAUAAAGUAAAACUCAGGUGUUCCUAAAACUCUGAGCAGCAUCAGUGCAAACCUAGCAAUCAGUUUUAUUGGUCUGUUCAAAUAAGACAUUUACAGAACUAAAACACUGAAGGUAAAACAAACAAACAAACAAAAAACUAUAGAACUAGACAGUUUGAUUUUCUUCCUUUCCUAUGGAGACUUCCCAAUGAUACAUUCAGACUGCUAACAUACUAGCAGUCGCCAGUAUGAAUAAGAGGCUAUUUCUAUUUCAAACCUUCAGUCAACCAUACUCAGUAUUUAAUUUCAAGAGCAGAGGGUGUCUAAUAAUCAAAAUCCUAUUUGGGAACUAUUUGAAACCCCAAAGAAACAAUAGAUCUUUCUUACCUUACAUAAAAAUGCAGCAACUGGACUUAAUUGCUAGCAUAAUGCUCAACCAUUUCACAGUUAAAACAUAACCAGUAAGGAAUUGUACGAAAGGUGGCAACUCACAUCUGAGUUAUCUUAGCAUAAGCAUCUUUACUCCUGAAAACUGCUACUGAACUCCUGUAUGAAAAGGUUUAUUAAGUUUUAUUUUUAUAAUUGUUUCUGUUAUAGAUUGGCAAAAUCCAUGGUCACUCUCUUAAGGUGGUUAGAUGAACAGUGUAGGAUUUUCUUAUGAUAGAAAAGACUAAGUAGUGCGUGUAUGCUACAUACAGCAUUUUCCAUUUUGACUUUCACAGUCUCCCCAUGAAAUGAUCCAAAGUAGAAAAAUGAAUUAAUUCCCAGUUAAACCAUCUUCUUCCAUGUCUCUCCUUUCCCAAAAGGAAACAAGCAGAGCUUUUUUUGCCUGUGCUGUCUUCUGGUUCAGGUUGUACUUGUACCAUUUUUUUUUUCUGUUGAUAAUUCUAAUGUGCUUGUUGAUAAGGGACUAAUAAAUUGUAUUUACAAACUGUGCUACCAGUUGAUAGUUCAAUAUUGUUGAAGCAUCACCUGCAAUUGAUGGAUUAUAUAAAUUCUUAUCUAUUUACAGGUAAAUGGUAUUCC